CAUAUUCAUUUCCGUGGGCUGGGUCACUGAAAAGUCAAAGCCUACUCAGUAAAGUUUAUCUACAGUUCGACUUCUUUCGAUUAUCUGAUUCAAUCUGCAUCUCUGAAAUGUAUCAAGCUAUUUUUGUGUCUGUAUUACGCCUUUUGGACAUCUGUGAAAAGCUGCAGCCAUGUGUGAAUGGUGGAGAGUGUCUCCAGGUGCAGAAGCUGGACAGUGACCACCAGCGUGUCCGGGGCUACAAGUGUGACUGCCACGGCACAGGCUUCUACGGACACCAUUGUGAACACAAAUGUCACAAACAUCCCUCAAGUGACAACCCUCUCACUGAAGCCUGUCUCUUCUGAGGUGACCUCAUUCUGAUGCGGAGCCUACCACACCAGUGCCAACUACAUGUAUACAGUUACCAUGGUAACACUCAUCCAUUCUGUAACUAAGGAAACUAGUGUGUUAUAAGAAUUACAGUUCCAGAAACCAUAAAUCUACUGAAAUUGAGAUUAGUUUGAGAAACUAUGUAAUUAUUUCAUGUAGUCAGAAUGUGUACAUGAUUCCACUUGAAAAGAAUUCUUCCAAGAUUUGUGUGAUUAUUUUAGGUCCCAGUGACCUGAGAAUAUUUUGUGAUACCAAAAAAUAUGUUGCUGAUGGUAUGUAAUUACUGAUAUAUGAUCAAUAAGGAGUAUGUUCUCUGUACAAUGUAAUCCCAUUCUGGUGCUAAUGACAUGUAUGUGGUACUGUUGAUAAUGCAGAUCUAAUGGAGAAAACACACUGCCUUACAAACUGGUAUGUUAAGUUUACUUGUAAGUAAUACAGAAAUAUUGAACUUGUGUUAAUAACCAACAAUCUGUUCAUAUUAGAUUGUCAUCCACUUUUGUCCAAAACAUGGGUGAUGGGCAUUACAUUUUUAUAUCUGAUUUUGGUGCUAAACAAACUGUUUAAGGCAUCUGUGUUCAUCUGUCAACUGAUCCCUGUGAAGGUUGUGCAUGGUAAACAUUUGUACUUAUGGACAGUGAGAAUCUCGUUAAUCCAUUCAUGCGCAUCACUAAUUAUGACAAGGUAUUUGGCUACCUUAACAGAAUCAUAGUGUAUUUUAUCAAGGAUGGUAAACGGAAAUAGGAUUUUCUCUUAUUGUACUUGGGAACCCUAAAUAGAUAAGCAGCAGCUUGUUGUUAGUGAAGCUUUCAGGUCUAAAAUAUAUUGAGCAAAGUAUGGCUUUACAUUAUUAUAUUUAGAUGGCAAAUCUCUUCAUUCUGGUGAUGAUCGGAAGUCCUGUUAUAUGUUAUUACACUAUGUUGUUAUAUUGUUGUAUUGUACUGGUUCGUAUUACAUCUCCAGCUGUUAGUGCUAUUGCAUGUACUCAAAUGUAUACAUUCAGCUUGUAUUGGAUGCAUUUGUGACUCUAUAUUCAACAUGGUAAAGGUCAAGGGUGCUUUUAAGGAUGCAAUGUAUGAGCGUUUAUGUAUGACUACCAAUUCCAUUGGUCUGAAGUAAAUUGACUUAUUUAGGAUUUUUAUAAAAUACAAAUAUGUGGAUAUGGUUUGUAUAGGAGCACCUGACAAAAAGCAUGCUCAUUGGUCAGGUGUGUUUUAGUAUUUUUAUGAAAAAAGUUAUUGUCAGUGCAAAUCAUUUACUGAAAUGUAACCUGAACAUUGAAUAGUAGCGUGGCAAUAUGUUUCCAAUGUCCAACUUUAUAUUCAUUUCAAAUGAGAAAGCUUUUGGUUCAUUAUGUCAGAGUUGUAUUAUCUGACAUAUUAAAUCAAAGUUAGUUUUAGUUAUUUCCAUAAAAAUUAUUUUUGCAAUCUUAACAUUUUCCUGUUAUGUGAUACCCAAAUUAUUUAAUUUGUUAACUAUAUCUUGUUUCAACCAGACAGGGCCAAAGAAUACUUAUUCCAUUCCACACUGUUGACAAACUCAGGAUGUAAGAAUGUGAUUGUCACUGGGACCAUUGUGUACCAGUAUCAGGAUUAGGAUUACCUGUACCUUUCAACACUUCAUAUGUAGGAACUAAAUAGUUUUCAAUAUGCCCCUUAUUUGAAUUCCUUGCAUUUUUGCUAUUAACCAAUUAUUCCAUUGUAGAGAUCUGUUUGACAUGUUUGGUUAAGGCUUGGCCACGGAUUGUGUACCUUGGUAUUUUCUUACAGUAAGCAACAUGUUGUACCUGGUCAUUGAACUGCUUCCCCAUUACUAUCCAUGUUCCAGUGAUCACUUAUUAUAUGCAUAACUACAGUUUACAGCUUCAUAUCAAUCUAAAACAAAAUGGUGCUCUAUUCUGCACUGCCCUCACAAGCUAUGUCAGACAGCAGAUGACAGAAUUUCAUGAAACUUUUAUACUACCUUGUUCCCAAAAGCUUACCUUUACAUGUCUCUUCAGCCAAAUGUGUUUAGAAAGGUAAACAUAAUAGUUACAUAUUAGAAGCAGUGGAUGUUAGAUAGUCAAAUGAAGCAGUUCGCAACAAUAAUUAUGCUACUAUCUUUUUCACCUCACCACAAUCGUUUACUAAUGUUCGAAAA